ACACAUAAUACUAUAGCAAGAAAGAACAACAAAUUUUCUCCAUUGAAUCAGACUCUUUUUUUUAGAAAUAUUAGCUUGUCGGAGCGAAGAAGAUCCGCUUUCCUGAGAGCGAAGAUUGACUCGACCUCAUUCAUGGUUCAUUCCAUAAGAAUCCCAUUGUCUUGAGAAGACGUUCUUAAGAUCCAAAACACUUUUCAUAACCCCUUCCAGAUGUCUGGACAUCAUCACCACCAUCACGACCAUGGCCACUGUCACGGAGAGGACGGCCACGAUCAUUCCAACGACAUCACCCCGGCCAUCCAGUCUUUGCUAUAUUCUCAGAUUGAUUUCGAUUCGAUCAAUACCCUAAACGAGGCAACCCCCAACUCUGGAUCUGCCAUUGUCAAAAAGACAUGGACUGAGAGAUUAAAUGAUGAGCCUGAGCUCGAGAGCGAUGCUGAUGAGCAACUGCUCAUGUAUAUUCCCUUUACUGGACAAGUAAAAGUGCACUCGCUUCUCAUAUACACUGCACCAACACCAUCCGCUCCGAAAACCCUCAAGCUCUUUAAAAAUCGCGACGAUCUCGACUUUGCAACCGCUUCCGAUCUCAGUCCAACACAAACUAUCGAGAUACCGCAGCCUAUUGCCGGGUCUGACAUCUUCGAGUUACCGUUAAACCGGGCUCACUGGAACACUACCACUUCGAUCACCCUGUUCUUUGAGGAUAAUUGGAGUGACGGGGAGGAAGACGUGACCAAGGUGGGCUACAUUGGAUUCAAGGGCCAGUUUAUGGCUCUCAACCGGGAACCUGUUAGUUUCCUUUAUGAAGCGGCAGCCAACCCUGGUGAUCAUGUCGCAAUCCCAGGCGUAAGUGGCGUGGGAGGGAGAAUUAUGCCUGGUCAGUGAGACAGUAGAGCCAUCGAGUGAGCAUGUUACUGUCCUCCAUCGGGGCUAUCCCAUUCAUAGGUAGAGGGUCAUUAUGCGUCUAAUUGUAGAGCUGG